AUGGCAACUGGACUUGAGGCUCUAGGUGCUGCCAGUGCAGUGGUCCAACUCAUAUCAUUUUCUACCAGCGUCAUCUCAAAGGCGAUCGACGUCUACCAAGGUAGACCAUUGUCUGAUAGUAGCGUGGAAGAGUACGCUAAGGAACUUCAAAAUGCCGUCGCUCAAGUUGAGCUCUGCUGCCAAGGUGCCAAUAUGCAGCAAUCGGCACAUGAGCGUAAGAUCACAGAGAUUGCCGAAAAGUGUCGGAAGUCUGCUCAAAAACUUCUUAAAGAAUUGAAGUCUCUAAGCACGCACCAGAGUGGCAAAGCUCGCAAUGCCUUCAGUUCAGCAUUGAUAGCCAGGUAUCGCCAGAACACGCUACGGGAUCUGGAAGAAAUCCUUCGAAAGCAAAAGGAGGGUUUGGAAACUCAUCUUCUCGCGUAUAUAUGUACUCAAACUCAAGCCGUGGCCUUGAUACAGAGAAACGAGUUUCAAAUUCUCUCGAAUCAUGCUCAACACCUCGUUAGACAGAUUGCAGAGGGUAAUACGAAUCUUGAAAGUCGUGUCCAGGCAGAACACGGCGAAACCCGUGCUCUCCUCGCUAAAGAAGUGAAGGAUACGGGAGAGCAGGUCACUUCUGAGGUCGCUACAGCUAGUCAAAGAACGAGGUUCCUUGACAGCCUGAAGUCUGAUAACAUGAACCAACGUUACAACGAUAUCACGGAUUCGGAAGACGCCACAUACCGGCGCAUAUUUGCCGCCUAUGACGAGGCUUGCGAUGAUAUGUCUGAGCCAUUUGAGACUAAGACAGAGUCGCUCUCAGACGACCAUCACCUUGGCAGUAUUGACAAAGGGUUAGACCAACUCGCUAGUUGGUUACAGACCAGUGACUCUCUGUUCUGGAUUAGCGGAAAGCCAGGGUCGGGUAAAAGUACCUUCAUGAAGACUAUAGUUAACAGCAAGUCUGCGAAGAUGUUUUUGGAACGCUGGGACCCCCGAGCGGAGAUUAUCUCCCACUUCCUUUGGAAGAUCGGUUCCAAACCACAGAAUUCCGUCAAAGGGCUUCUGUGUACCCUCAGUUACCAAAUCCUUUUACGUCACAAGGGCCUUCUUAACUCAAUCCCCAAUUUCCAAGAUCUGGUACUCUCCAAGUCGUCGUAUCACGACUGGUCGCUUGGAGAAGCUAAGAGCCUUCUUUUGCACUUGCUGAACAGCAGUGAUAAGUACUACUGCAUAUUCAUUGAUGGACUUGAUGAGAUCAAUGACGAGGAGGGUUCUGAGGCUAUCCUGAACAUUGUUUCCAAACUCGCAGAACAACAACAUGUAAAGGUCUGUGUGAGCAGUCGACCUGAACAUCAGUUGGAGCUAGGGUUAAUGGCUCUGCAUGCAUCAAACAUCAAGAUGGAAUUGUUUACGGCUUGCGAUAUGCAGUUGUAUGCUGAGAAGGAGCUGGAACCACUCAAGGCCUCCGGUCUGAUUCAAGAUACCGAUUUCACGCAACUUGUCUCCAUGCUUGUCAAAAAGGCUAGCGGGGUGUUUCUCUGGCUAUGUAUUGUAACUCGAAGUGUCAAGGAGGGAGCGAAGAACGGAGACUCCUCAUCCGAACUCUCCUCAAGGUUAGAGCAACUUCCGGGCCAACUUGAAGAUCUCUACAACGAUAUGUGGAACAGAUUGAAUCAUAACGUGCCCAUAUACAAGGAGACAGCAGCAUCAAUCUUCCGGUGUGUGAUUGAAGCGCGGAGACUGCCUUAUAUUAAAUAUAAUGAUGGUGCAGUGUUACUCCGCAGCGGUCCCCCGACGAUAGUCGCAAUCGGCUAUGCAGUUGUUCCAGACUUCGCAACGGAGUUCGCGCAGUCGGCCACAGAACCCGUGGCUUUGGAUCCACUGCCCUCAUGCAAAAAGAUGGAGGAGAUGAUCAAGAUUCGUUCCGCCGGUUUACUAGAGGUAGAAAGGUCCGAGGUACCUCUGGGAAAGUAUAAUCCAACGAUCUGGGAGUUGGAAAAUGCCCAUUGGGUGGCCAAGUUUGACCGGAAGAUAAGAUUCAUUCAUCGCACUGCCUACGACUUUUUCGUCAGUACAGAAGCAGGGAAGGCGAUUCUCAAGCACAGCAAAAGCACCUCUGUGGAUUUGCAGUUAAAAAUGUUGGAGAGCUACCUUUGCUUGGCCCAGUUGCUAUCUACCAGAUGCCCUUGUUUCGUUAGGGAUAUAUCUCUUAUGUUUCAAAUCCUACGAGCUGUAAAAAUUUUCGACCCAGACUCGACGAAGAAAGCCCAGUACGAACAACAUAUUUCUCCAAUAAUGGCCAGGAUUGAAAAAGCAUACAGCUAUGGAUAUGUCAAGAAUGACCAUACAACCGGAAAUUGGUAUUCAUCUUUACUUGGCCUAACAGCCCAGUGGGAAACCUUUGACGGCUUCACUGUAUCCCACGCCAGAAAGAUUGCUCCAUCGACGGCUGUCGAAGAUGUAUGGCGGGGGGUGUGGAGCAGGAACUUUCCACCAACCGAGGAUGGUCUAAUCUCAUCGAUGAGACUCAUCAAGGAAACGUUGCCUUUCUCAUCAAACUGGCAUCAUGAUUAUAGCUACACUCUCAACGUUUAUCAACGUCGUGCCCCAAUCAUCUGGAGGCACACACCGUUCACAAGACUUCUUGUAGAAGGUCUUUCUCUUAUUACCUGGAUAGACGCAGUCUCCAAAUUCGGCAAGAAACCCAUCAGCGAAACGGCACUGUCCAACUUUCUCGAUCUAUUACUGAACGCAGCCUCGACUGUAACAAACUGGGAUAGCUAUAUGAUUGUUGUUAAAUCCAUUUAUCGAACCGAGAGUUCUGGUCAAGGAGCCAUCCAAGAUGUCUCAACACCACAGCUCCGGAAGAACAGAUCCUUUAUCUCGGUCCUGGGUAUGUCCCUCGCCAUCACUGCUGUACCGUAUGGCGUCGGCGGUCCUUUGAUCUCGACCAUCUACGGCGGUGGCCAACUCUCCCUCUUCGUUGGUGUCUUGGUUGUUGUCUUUCUCCAAGGCGCCGUGGCUCUGUCCCUCGGCGAGCUGGCCUCGCGAUACCCUACCUCUUCCGGCGUAUACUACUGGUCGUACCGCCUCACCGAGAACAAAAGCUAUCAACAUGCAAUUGCCUACUUCACAGGCUGGGUGUGGUUGAUCGGAAACUGGACGAUCGCUCUAUCCGUCAAUUUUGGCUUUGCUUCUAUUAUCGUCGCAACGGUUACUAUGUAUCGACCCGACUGGACAGCCACCGCGAACGAGACUCUAUAUAUAUUCUUUGGCAUUUGCCUUCUUAUCUUUCUGCUCUGUGCUGUUGCCGACAAGGCUUUGCCGCUGGUUGAUACUGCGGCUGCUAUCUGGAGCGUUGUCACGACUGUCGCCAUCCUGAUUGCUUUGGCUUGCACUGCUAAUGAAGGAAGGCAUUCAGUGACCUAUGGGCUAGGGCAUUUCGAACCGAGUAUAUCUGGCUGGGGCAACUUUUCUUUCUUCAUUGGGUUGUUACCCCCUGCUUAUGCCCUUUCGGCUAUUGGGCUGAUCAUGAGCAUGACUGAGGAAUGUGCCAACCCAGAGAUUGAAGUUCCCAGAGCCAUCACCAUGUGUAUUCCUAUCGGUGGAGUAUCCAUGCUGGCAUUUGUUCUGCCGAUCUGCUUCACUCUACCGCCGUUGGAAGAUGUCCUCGCUGCUCCUUAUGGCCAAGCACUGCCAUUCAUCAUCGACACUGUCACUGGAUCAAAGCCCCUCAGCUUGGCACUGCUUGUCAUGGUUCUGUUAGUCACACUAUUCUGUUCCAUGAGCAUCACAACAACAGCCUCUCGCUGUACGUGGGCACUGUCGCGAGAUGGCAUGCUCCCUGGGUCCAACAUUUGGUCACGAACCGUCUUCAAUCAACCGGUCUACGCCCUCGCUCUUGUCACAGUCAUCGAGAUCGCCUUAGGGUGUAUCAACCUUGGCAGCACCAGCGCCUUCACGGCUUUUGUGUCUGUAGGCGUCGUCGCUCUGGCCCUAGCAUAUCUGAUCCCGAUCGCAUUGAGCCUUGCUUUCGGUAGAACAGAAGUCUCCAAAGCAAAAUGGUACCUCGGCAAAACCGGAACAGUAGCAAACUCGAUCUCCGUCUUGUGGAUCCUCUUCCAGCUUAUUCUCUUCAGUAUGCCCUCUGCGUUGCCUGUUACGGCAGAGACGAUGAACUACGCCUCUGUUGUGCUUGUGGGUUUCUUGUUUUUGUGCGGGGUUUGGUAUCUUGUCUGGGGAAAGAGGACUUUCACGGAACCGAAGGUUGAGGCGGAGUGGAUGAUGAACUAG